AUGACAUAAAAAGAACAAAAUGAGUUUGAUAAAAAUUCAAUAGAUGAUGAAACCGAUUUUGUGCUUGAUAAAUUUGCAGAUGGCUACCGAUUAGUAGAAAUUAAAGGGAUUGUAAAAAAUUACAUUGAAGCACGAUAUUAAUAAACCUUUAUAGCUAUCAGCAACAAUGACUAUAAAGUGUCUUAUUAUAUUUACAAAAAAUUAGAAAAAGUCUUAAUAAAAGCACUAAAGAAUUUCAAUUAAGAGCCAGAUUUGCUAACUGAAUAUUCUAAAGUUAUGCUUUAUUUAUUAGAUAUCAAUUAAACAGUUUCAUCAAAUGAAAAAUUGAUGAUUCUCAAGUUACCAACUGAAGUUUAAGUUUACCCGAAAGUAGAAGACAUCGAUUUCUAUUACUAUCUUCUCAAGUAUACUAUAUAGACACUAAAUAAUAUUGGAGUAAUCUUGAUGAGGAGGAAAAAAAUUAGAGAGGCUGAAUGUUAUUUAAUGAGAGCAUUGGCAGCUAGAAGUUAUGUGUUAGAGACUAAUGUUUCUUAAUUUUAGAUGGGAGUGUUAUUGGAGAACUUGGGUUUUGUUUUAUUGAAUAAAGGAGAUAAAUAAGAUGCAAAAUAAUUUAUAACGAAGGCAUUACUAAUAUUUGAAUAAUUGUCAUCACCACAAUAUGAGACUGUUGAAGUUUGUAUAAACUAUAAAUUUAUGCUGAAUUUAGUUGAAAUUCUAUUUAAUUAGAAUGAAGAAUAAUUAUUAUCACAGCCAAGGGAAAUUUAAAAAGAAAGGAUGAUUCAUUUGCUUGCUAUAACAUAUAAUUAUUAUGGGGAAGUGUUUUAAUCAAUGAGUAUGCAAGAUCAAUAGAAAUUUUGUUAAGAACAAUUUUAAUUUCUCUGCAAUCUAAUGUAAAAAUUGAAUCCAAGAAUUGAAGCAAGAAAGAAAAAGAAUGAAAACCCUUAACCUUAAAUCAAACCUGAAGUUGAUAAAUAAGCAUUUGAAAUAGCUAAACACAAAAUAAAUUAAGUGUAAGUUAAAGUAGAGAAAGCAGAUUUGAAACAAAAUCAAUCAAGCAAUGAAAAUUACUAAAAAGAAAAGGAUUAACUUCCUUCGCAUGUUAGGCUGGAUUAGGUUCUAUAUUAAACUUAUAUAUUAAUUCGAGCUUAAAGAUUCAAAGUUAUCAUUUUAUAAUUUGACUUUUUUAUUCAGAUAAUUAUCUUUUCCAAACCUCUUAAUCUAGAAAAAAGUUUGUAUAUUGUUGAAUAUGAUUUAACAGAAUAUCAAAAAAAAAAUUAUCCUGAUUCAUAAAAUUCAGUUGACUAAUUAUGCGAAUUUUUCAAAAAAUUGAUUAAAUUGCUUUAUUUUUCAGAUAAUCAACUUCACAUCAAAGAUAUCAGACAUUUCCAGUCCAUAGAAGAAUUUAGUAAAUUCAUAUGA